AUGUUAGAAUUGCCUGGCGGUUCAAUCGUGCAAAGCACCUGCGAAAUGAAAUCUGAUUUUGCUCUUUGCGUUAAAAAUUCACAACCUGUAAAGACGGAAAAGAUUCUUGAUAUUUUGGGAACGGACAACGUCAUUAUCACUGAUCUGAAGCCAGAGACAACUCUGAAGGAAGUUGAUGAUUUGUCAUAUCUUGGUGUAGCACCCGAAGCAAAGCGAACCGUCAGAAUACAACUUUCGGCAGUUUCAUUGGAAUGCUUGCCAUGUAAACAUAAUAUUUGUUCAACAUGUAUGGAAGAAUACAAAAUAUUGCCCAUUCCCGUUUGCCCAGCGGAAGAUUGUUCAGGAAAAGCAUCUGAGGUGGAUGAGUCCAAUCUGUGCGACGGUAUAUGUAAAAAAUACGUGGAAGAAGGCAAAUACAUAACGACAAGUUGCUGUCAAGCAAAAAUAUGCUCCGCUUGUUUCGAGACUAUUUCCGGUCGUAAAUAUUCAACAGGUGUUGAAGAAAGGUGUCCUUCUACUGAAUGCCUUAGACAUGCUGACAUAGCUCGAUGCCAAGCUGAAGUCAAAUGUAAAAACUUGCCAAUUAGUGGAUUCCCGUCAAAAGAUGAAUGCGAACACGCUAUGUGCAUUCAAUGCCUGGAGAAGAUGAUCGAUAACUGUGAAUCUGCUGGUUCUCUACCACGUUGUCCUAACGAAUCAUGCAAUGCGUUGUAUAAUGUGGAAUCCGUAAUCGCAAUGCGUGCAAUGCUACCGGCAAAAUCGGCAUUCUUCAAUAAACUUUCACUGGAUAACAACUACUAUUACUUGAUCAAGGAUGAAAUAGUUACUAGAUAUUGUGAAAUAGAUCUUAAGCAUGGCAUUGUGCCAACUUGGCGAAGCGAAGCGCCAAUUUAA